AUGAUUUUUUAUAAUGGAAAAGUAUUUUUACUCGCAUUGCAAUUUGCGUUAACAUUGACAACAGCAUUUCCGUUAACCAACACUACUACCGUAAAACCAGUACAGGAUAAAACAAUAUCAACAGAUUUCAAAAAAUUAUACAGUUCACCAUUAUCAGUAUCAACCAAUUCAGAAUGUUUAACUGCAACUAUGCAUACUAAAUACUCUUCGGAAGAAUAUCUCACUACAGCAGAACAUCCUACAAAAGAUACUUCGGAAUACUCUACGACUAAAUAUACUAAAUAUUCUUCGGCAGAAUAUCCCACCACAGCAGAAAAUCCUACAAAAGAUACUUCGGAAUACCCUACGACUAAAUAUACUAAAUAUUCUUCGGCAGAAUAUCCCACCACAGCAGAAAAUCCUACAAUGGAUACUUCGGAAUACUCUACGACUAAAUAUUCUACGGCAGAACAUCCCACAAUGAGUACUUCGGAAUCUACGACUAAAUAUUCUACGGCAGAGCAUCUCACAAUGAAUACUUCUGAAUAUUCUACGCCUAUGAAUACUAAAUAUUCUACGACAGAACAUUUUACAAUUGUAAAUACUAACCAUUCUACAAUAGAACAUCCCGCAACGAAUACUUCCAAAUAUUCUACAAUAGCAAAUACUACGACGGCUAAUUCGAAAUAUUCUACGACAGAACAUUUUACAAUUGUAAAUACUAACCAUUCUACAACAGAACAUCCCGCAACGAAUACUUCCGAAUAUUCUACAAUAGCAAAUACUACGACGGCUAAUUCCAAAUAUUCCACGACAAAAUAUCACGCAACGAAUACUUCCGAAUAUUCUACAAUAGGGAAUACUGCAACGACUAAUUCCACGAAGAAAGAAUAUCCCUCGACGAAUAUUUCUACAAUAGCAAAUACUACGACGACUAAUUCCAAAUAUUCCACGACAAAAUAUCCUGCAACGAAUACAAUAGUGAAUAAUGUAACAACUAAUUCCACGAAGACACAAUAUCCCGCAAUGAAUACUUCCGAAUAUUCUACAAUAACAGCAAACUCUGCAACGGCUACUUCCAAAUAUUCUACAAUGAACAGUAUAACUACACAUUCUCUACAAGAUACAAGAGGAGAUUUUUUGGUUUAUUCCACUAAUUCCGGAUCGCCAACUGCUAGUUCUUCUAAUUUCUCAAGUGAAUCAAACCAAAACCAAAAUUCAAUAUCACAAGUUGUCAUUGGAAUUAUUGUUGGUGCCCUCGGUAUAAUUCUUUGCGCAGUAGCAUUCUUUUUUUAUACUCAAAGAAAGAAAGGUGACGGAAACGGAAGUGGACGUCAAGUAUACCCUGAUACUGGAGCAUAUGGUAAACAUACAGGAACCAUAGAAGGUGGGGAAGAAGAAAAACUUCAAACAACCGGAACAACUGGAACAACUCAAAUACUUCAAACAACCGGAACAACUGGAACAAGAACAACUGGAACAACCGGAGCGACUGGAAUAAGAACAACUGGAACAACCGGAGCGACUGGAAUAAGAACAACUGGAACAACUGGAGAAACUGGAGAAGAUAAUGUAAUAUAUGAAACAGUAUAUGAAACAGUUGGAGAUAAUGGAAGAACUGGAGAAACCAUAAUAUUUGAAACAGUCGGAGAUAAUAGAACUGGAGAAACAACAAGAUAUGAAACAGUUGGAGAUAAUGGAAGAACUGGAGAUACUAUAAUAAGAUAUCAAACUGUUGGAGAAACUGGAAGACCAGAAGAAGGUAUCUCCAUCACGUCAUUUGGUGACGUCCAACGACUAGAUCCUACAGUGUUUGAUAAUGGUGGUGGUGCGCAAGAAAUUCUUGGAACUUCUAGACUUCCUUCGCAUGAAUCUGAACUCGAUCGAAACCAAGGGCAAAACUUCCCAUCAUAA